CUUCUGUUCCCUCGACCCCAACAAGAGCCACAAUGCCGCCCAAACAAGCCACCCCAAGCUCUCCACGGGACCAGCGCCCCUCAACAUCCCGUGCUGCUUCCUCGCCCGUGAAGAACACGUACCUGCUCGCCUAUAAUGCGGUGUCUGCUGCGCUGUGGGCCAGUGUGCUGUAUAAGUCUGUCACGAUUGGAGCCCAUGAGAUUCAGAGCGCGCGCAAGGCUGGAAGCUUCUUCGGCCGUAACGACUUGCAGAGCGCGGCUGCUGGGUUAGCUAGUGGUAAAGUGUUUGGAGAGUUGGAAGAGUAUACAAGAUUGGUGCAGAGUUUGGCGGGGUUGGAGGUGUUGCAUAGUCUGGUCGGUAUCGUCCGCGCGCCCCUCCUCACAACCCUCAUGCAAGUAGCAUCCCGCUUCCUCCUCGUCUGGGGCAUCGCCUACAACUUCCCCGCCACCACCCAACACUCGCCCGCAUACAGCACCAUGCUACUCGCAUGGUCCAUCACUGAAGUCAUCCGCUAUAGCUACUUCGUCUUCACCCUCAGUGGUCUCGGCGUGCCCUCGCUCCUCUCCUUCCUGCGCUACAAUACAUUCACCCUUCUCUACCCUCUCGGCAUUGCGUCCGAGUGCUGGCUCGUGUACCAAGCCAUCCCUGCUGCGAAGCUGGUUGAUGAGAGGAUUCCAUAUGCGUUGUGGGCGAUUCUGGCGAUCUAUGUGCCGGGGAGUUAUGUGCUGUUUUCGCAUAUGUUGAAGCAGAGGAGAAGGGUGCAGAGGCAGGCGUGACUAGCCGGCGGUGGCCAGGGGUAUGAUAAGGCGAGGGAGGAUCGGAUUAUGAAGAAGAUGCGGUUGACGAAGUAUAAGCAGGCGAUGGAACGCCAGAACAAAGGUGCAGCGAAGAAGUAGACGGCGAAGAAGGCG